AUCACGGAGCACUCGGGGGCGAUGUUCAGGUUGGCUUUACCGCAUGUUUUACCGAGACAGCGACGGUAACGCCGGUUCUGUGCCAGCAUAAGUGCCAGUUUCGCGUUGCUAUAGAAUGACGUUGCUGUAGACAGCAUCGACCUUUCGGUCUUACAAGAUGCAGAGCUUCGUCACAAUUGCCACCGCGAAGCUUCCGCGUCCCCUAGCCAACGUCUCGACCUCGGCGCGGCGGCACCUGUGCAGGAAGAGUGACCACCAGAGACUGAUCGUUUGCGAGCAGCUGGCCAAGUCGCGCAAGUUGGUGCGACUUCGCGGUGCCGAGAACCUCGCCUUCUUGCAGGGUCUGGUCACCAACGACACGCGGCACCUGAGUGCGACGGAAGGGGUGGCUGGCGGCAAGCCCCGCCGUUGCAUGUACGCGCUCAUGCUGAAUAGCGUCGGGCGCGUCCUCUACGACCUGAUCAUCUACCGACCGGGGACCGGCGAAGACGAAGUGCUCGUCGAGUGUGACGCCGAUGCCCGCCAGGGCUUGCUGCGACUACUCCAACUCUACCGUUUGCGCAAGCCCAUCGAGAUCGGGCCGUGCGACGACCUGGACGUGUGGGCCGUCUUCCACCCGUUCUGCGGCGCUGUGGAUGAACCGCCGCCCGCUAGCGAUCACUGGCCGUACACGACGAAGGGCCGCUGCGUUGUGCGCGAUCCGAGGCUCGGCCUCCUGGGGUCGCGAGUGCUAGCGGACGCCGGAGAGGACCUGACGAGCGCCGACCCGACUUUGGUGCCCGCUGCCGAAGGCAAAGAACCGAGCUACGCGCACCUUCGAAUGCAGCUGGGCGUGGGCGAAGGGCUUCGCGAGCUUCCUCCGGCGGCUUGCUUUCCCCUGGAGUGCAACGCGGACUACAUGGGCGGCGUGAGCUUCCACAAGGGCUGCUACGUGGGUCAGGAGCUCACGGCGCGAACCCACCACACGGGCGUGGUGCGCAAGCGGCUCAUGCCGGUCGUGAUGCUGCACGAACCGAGCACGUCGCUGCCGCCUGACGCGGUCGUGCGGGACGCGGCCGGCGCGGCGCUGGGCAAGCUUCGCGCGCACCGGGGUCCGCUGGGACUGGCGCUGCUGCGCGUCCGGGAGGCCCUGGCCGCCGACACGCUGCAGGUGGAGGGCGUGCCGCUGAGCGUCACCAAGCCUGGGUGGUGGCCGCGCCAGGUCGCGAGGCCGGCCGCUGCAGUCGCCGAGGGGCAGGCGACCACGUAGACCUCGAUCUAGCUACGCCCGGGCCGAACCUCGUGCCCCUGUUUGUGCCAGCGUGUACCUAGUCCUUCGGAAGUGCAGAGGCCGCUAGUGUCGAUGUUUGCCCUGUGGACAAGCGUGGGAUGACGUAUGCCACCAGCGCACGUACGCCUUACAGACUUUCAGUAAUAGUCGCAGUCACGUUGCGUGAUCGGGGAGUAUGCAGUGCCCGGCCCGACACGGCUUUCCCGUUGUAGAUGAUUAUUUCCAAACGCCGGCUGUAGUUUUCUUCUGCAUAACUUCAACAGAACUCCAAUGCUACUGACGCAACUCGGCGAGUCGGUGGAAUCUUGACGAAUUGGAAACAUGCACAGCACAUACUCUGCUGCAAUUGCCAUCAUGUUCCAUUUAGUUUUUUGUAGCACUGUGCACGGUUUUGUACUAGACCAUGCUUCCAAGGACAAAGCCCAAAAACUCGUAUUUUUCCAUCUCUAACCAAGCCAUUGCUGGCUACAAGUUUGGUACCAUCCAUGAAAAUCCUGGAUUUGGGACACCUCAGGAAGUGACCUUCAACAUGUAGGGCUUACCUGAGCAUGAACAUGUCACGAAUAUAUACUCGAGUGUUGGUGUAGUCACUUUGGCAUUGAGCUGAUAAGCCGAAAGGUGCGGGAAUGAAUCCUGGCUGCGGCGGCCGCAUUUCUAUGGAGACAAAAUGGAAAGACGCCGACGUACCAUGCAUUGGGUGCUCUUUAAAGAACCACCGGUGAUGAAAAUUAGUCUGGUGUCCCCCACUACGGCGUGCCCCAUGAUCAUAACGUGGUUUUGGCACGUCAAACCCCAGAAUUUAUUUCAAUGUCAAACUAAGUACUACUGUCUGAAGUUCAUCUGGCUGAUUUAAAUUCCUGCUUGUAAUGAUAAUCCUGCAGUUUGUGUACAAUUGGCAAGAACAGUUUUGUCUUAUAAAAUCUACCAGAUGAGGCGAAUAACUUUAAAGGU